AUGUCUCCGGGGACCUGUGCUCUUCCUGGCGAAGAUGUGAAGCCGGCCCUCCCAGCCCCUGUGAAGCUGUCACCCACAGAUCGAGCUCCCCAAACCAGCAUCACCAACGACCUCACCCUCUCUAGCUCCCGCGGCUACCGUACCGUGCGUGCCACACAUGGCGUGAGCUCUGGGGCAUGGUACUAUGAAGUGACCGUGGAGUCCCUCGGUCAGACCGGCGCAGCCCGAAUCGGAUGGGCCACUGCUGUGGCUGAACUCCAGGGGCCUGUGGGUGGGGAUGCCAAGGGCUACUCCUACCGCUCCCUGGAAGGGUCCAAGGUGCAUGCCGGGGUCAGAGCCGACUAUGGCUCAGCCUGGGGGGAGCGAGACGUGAUUGGGUGCCUGCUCGUCCUCCCCCCCCCGCCGGCCUCCAGGACAGAGGCAGGCGAGGAGGCUGUGGCAUCCGCGUCCGGGUCGGUCUUCUUUUUCAAGAAUGGCGAGGCCCAGGGGGAGGCCUUCUCCGGCAUCCCUCUGGCGACCUACUACCCCGCUGUCUCCCUGUACACCCACGCCUCCCAGCCAACCCCCGCUCGCGUCUCUGUCAACUUUGGCGCAACGCCCCUGGCCAUCUGCGGUGGGCGGGACGGCUCCGAGGCCCUCGCCGCUGCCGUGCAGGUCCCGGCCGUCGAACCCGUCGCGGCCCUGUCCCUGGCAGUGAGCGCACCUCCGCGUGCCCUUGGCGCAGCCUGA